CCCGAACACCCCAGAGGGCGCGCCGCCUCGGGAAUCCAUCGAGCUGAGGACCCUGGUGUUCUAUGAUUAGAGCACGUUUGUUUCGAGUAGCGUUAAGAACUAACAAUGGGGUCGUACCGUAUUUUGUUGUUGUCUAUAUUACGCGGAGCCGUACUUUGCCAGUUUUACUCUGGGAAAUUUUGCACGAUCCUCGUGGACCAUGACCACCAUGACAAAGAUGCAUGUGACACGGAGAGUUCCGAAGUGGCGUCGAGCCAGCGGUCCGAAUCGAGGAUCCGAUUGCAUGCUGAUCCGUUGGUGGACGUUGAGAGGAGUUACCAGGUUCGGCCGUCGACCCUCGAGAGUAGUGUAACUUUGGAGGGUAACCCUACACAGUUGGGAUCAAGAUUGGGGUGGCAUUGGUUAGAUCUAGUGUAGAAAGCUGAAUAGCGGGUGGUGAGGCGCUGUAGGCGUUGGUUUCUAAGGUCCAAGUCAAGGUGCCACUUGGUCACCCGCGGUCUGAGCCACGAAGCGAUUCGCGUAAUUAUGAUUUAGCCAAGGCUGCGUCA